AUGGGGAACCGCGGGCGGCGCCGCGGAACGCGCGCUGCCCCGGAGAUUGUAUCCAUCCGAUGGAAGAAGCCGCAAGGGGACGUCGUGAUCCGGUACGCUGACGGCAGCCGCUACGAAGGGGGCGUGGAUGAUGAAGAGCGAAAGCAUGGUACCGGCGUUCAUAUCCUACGAUCGGGCCACGUCUUUGAAGGCGGAUGGGUGCACGGAGACUUUGAAGGCUUUGGCAUGCAGACGUUUGCUGGAACAGGAGACUGCCACGAAGGCUUGUACCGCAAGAACCACCGCCACGGAACGGGCACGUACCUGUGGGCGAACGGUGACAAAUACGUCGGCAAUUGGCGGGUUGGCAAGAUGCAUGGGAACGGCACGUUCUUCUGGAAGAAUGGCGACAGCUACGAUGGUGAAUGGAAAAGGGGGAUGAUGCAUGGCAAAGGCAAGAAGAUCUUCUCAUCAGGAGAAAUGAUAGAUGGCGCCUGGCGGCACAACCAAGUAAGCGGCUGGGGUAUCAAGGUGUUCAGUUCAGGGGACAAGUACGAGGGGUAUUUUGUGAAGGGUGAGCGCGAGGGGUUUGGCAAGUAUGAGUGGGUGGGUGGUGACUCGCACGAAGGCACGUGGUGCCAAGGCUUAAUGCACGGCAAAGGCGUAUACCUCUCGGCAGGCGGAUCUCUGCAUGGAACAUGGGUUAACGGCAAGCUAAGUGGCGCGGGUGUACACCGCUUCCGGUGCGGUAGUGUCUUCACUGGCGAGUACAAAGCUGGAGAGCGACAUGGCGUUGGUACCUUGAUAUUCGCCUCUGGAGAGGUCUACGAAGGCGAUUGGUAUAAGGAUGUGAUCCAUGGCUACGGCUCGUGGUCUUCGCCAGACGGAAGGAGAUUCAUCGGUACGUGGGCUCAUGGCUUUCCUUCGGGGCGGGGCAUUUUCUGUCGCGAGCACGAUGAGGACGAGGAGGAUGAUGAUGAAGGAGGCGAGACCGUCAGGGAAACCAGACCCCCGUUUGAAGUUGGCAUAUUCAAACGGGGACGACUUACAACCGGUGGCAAGCACCUUUUCAUCGGGCGGCUCACAGCACCAUCCUAGUAUCUAUCGACAAAGAUCGCGAACUUGUACAGUCAACUAACUGUCAGUAGAAGAAGGGGGGCCUCGAUCCUGUAGCACCUGUGACAACUGCGG